AUGUCUUUGUUUGUACCUUUAAAUUUGGAAGAAAGAGAUUCAGAGAUUCAAGCGAUCUUUGAAAAGAAUAGUUUUUUUUGUGUAGGUGGUAAAAUUAUUCCUGGGGUUUAUAAUGGUUGCAAAAGGGCGAAGAUGAUUGUUUCGACUUCUACGCAUGUAUCUAUUCUUAAUAAGGUUGUUGAAUCUAAUAAAUGUCCUUUAAAAGUUUCUUUGGUUGGAGUUCCGCAGGAGAUGCCUAUUGGGAUUAAAGAUGAUAGUGUUAUUAAUACGUUGGUGACUGAUUUUUCAGGCCAAGAGCAUAAUUUUAUUAUGAAAGUUGUUUUUUCACAUCAUAAUUCUCAUUUAUCGCAUUUGAAAGAUAUAAUUCGUCCCCAGAAAUCUUUGAUUUUUGUAGUUGGGCAGUUAGAGAUAAUUGGGAAUGAAUUUUAUGUAUAUUCUAAAGAUAUUAAUUACAUUGAUACGCGUUUUACUUUUAGCUACUCAUCAAAUAUUGUUGGUGGUUCUGAAGAAAAGUUAGACAAUGAAACUUUGGUCGAUUCGAAUGAUUUUGUGGAUAAUUAUGAUUUUAAUUCCAUGGGUAGUUCUUGUUCAGCGAAACAUGCAAAGUUUGAUGAUUUUGAUGAAUCUUUCGAUGAUACUUUGGUAAAUUUUGAAUCCGAAUCUCGUAGUAAAGAGGAUGGUUGUUUGUCUGAUUGUGGAGAAGAAGGAGUUAAGGAAGCUGUAAAAGAUAGUAAGGAUAAGAGAAAUGUUUCACGUAGUGAAGGCAAAAAACCAGUUGAACGAUCUUUACAUAGUAGUUUACGUGGAUCGAAUUCAGUUAAAACUUAA